AUGAGAAAGUCAUUCCUUUUGCUCAGCAUCAUCGCUGCCAUCUCCGUCGUUGCUGCCGAGGACCCCGCUGCCCAGGCUGCCUUCAACCAGCCCGGCGAGAAGGUCGCUCUCCCCGACAACUUUGCCUUUGAUAGCCAGCAGCCUCAGAUCAUCCAAGGCGAGAAGUACCAAUUCCAGACGGAAGUGUCGCGUUUGAUGAACAUUGUUAUCAACUCGCUGUACAAGACACCCGAGAUCUUCUUGCGCGAGCUCAUCUCCAACGGUUCUGACGCCCUCGACAAGAUCCGCUUCCAAUCCCUCACAAACUCGUCUGCACUCGAGUCCAACCCAAACCUCAACGUCACCAUCGCCGUCCACAAGGACAAGCGCAUCAUCACCAUCACCGAUACCGGUAUCGGUAUGACCAAAGAGGAUCUCCAAAAGAACCUCGGCACCAUCGCUAAGUCGGGCACGUCAGAGUUCUUGGACACUCUUUCAGGAGACAAGGCGGACAUGGACUUGAUCGGAAAGUUUGGUGUUGGUUUCUACUCGGUAUUCUUGGUCGCUGACAAGGUGCGCGUCACCAGUAAGAACAACAACGACGACCAGUACAUCUGGGAGUCGACCGCUGUCGACGAUUUCACCAUCGCCAAGGACCCCGCCGGUAACACCCUCGGCCGUGGUACCCAGAUCGCCAUCCACCUCAAGGAGGAUCAGGACCAGUACCUCGACGACGCCAAGAUCCAGCAGCUCGUCGCAAAGUACUCCGAGUUCAUCAACUUCCCCAUCUACCUCCGCCGCACAAAGACAAAGACCGUCGAGGCUGAGACACCCAAGGAAGUCGACACCGACGACUCGGAGGAGCCCAAGGUCGAGGAUGCCAAGGAAGAGACCCCCGCUGCCCCCGUCACCGUCACCUAUCAGGAAGACGACCUCAUGAACUCCAACAAGCCCAUCUGGAUCCGCGACCCCAAGUCUGUCACUGAAACUGAAUACCAGGAGUUCUAUUCUGUCCUCACUCGCGAACCUGAGGCAAAGUCGAUGGCCUAUAGCCACUUCAAGGCCGAGGGUGAUGUCGAGUUCAAGGCCAUCAUGUACAUCCCCAACAAGGCCCCCAAGGACCUCUUCCAGCGUGUCGACAACGUCCACACCAACGUCAAGCUCUAUGUCAAGCGGGUCUUUAUUACCGACGACUCUGCCGAUUUCCUGCCCCGUUGGCUCGGAUUCCUGAAGGUCGUUGUCGAUGCCGAGGAUGCCCCCCUGAACGUCUCCCGUGAGACUGUCCAGUCAAACAAGAGCAUCAAGUCGAUCCACAAGCACUUGGUCAAGAAGAUGUUUGAUCUCCUCAAGACCCUUUCCGCCGACGAGGAAAAGUACGCCGGUUUCAUCAAGGAGUACGGUACCAGCCUCAAGCUCGGAGCCCUCGAGGACAAGGCCCACAUCAAGAAGAUCGGCCGUCUCUUGCGUUACCACUCCUCCAACUCUGAAAAGUACACCUCCUUGGAGUCGUAUGUCUCUCGCAUGAAGAAGGGCCAGAAGGAUAUCUUCUACUUUACAGGCGCCAAUGUUGACGAGAUCAAGCAGUCGCCCUUUGUCGAGUCGCUCUUGGCCCGUGGAUACGAGGUCCUCUACAUGGACGACCCCAUUGACGAGAUUGUCCUCCAGCACAUGGGUAACUUUGAGGGCAAGUCCUUCCAGAACGUCGCCAAGUCGUCCUUGAAGCUCGGAGACGAGGAUACCGACGCCGAGUCAGAGAAGGCUCUCGAGGAAAAGUUCUUGCCCUUGCUCGACUGGAUGCACGCUACCCUUUUGAACGACGUUGAGAAAGUCCGUGUCUCGAAGCGUCUGACCACCUCCCCUGCCGCCUUGGUCGCCAGUGAUUUCGGAUGGACUGCCAACAUGGAGCGUUUGAUGGAGGGCCAGGCCAAGCAGAACAAGGAUGCCAACAUGCACCAGUUCAUGAAGAGCCAGAAGAAAAUUCUCGAGAUCAACCCCGGCCACCCCUUGAUCGUUGGAAUGUUGGAGCGCGCCAGCAAGGACCCCACGGCAUUCGAAAACGACAAGCACUUUCAGGAGAUGGCCAAGGUCCUGUACGACAUUACGCUGGUACGUAGUGGAUACACCUUGAAGGAGGGCGUCAAGGCCUUUGCCGGACGUGUCGAGAACAUGUUGCGUGUCAACUUGGGCGUUGACGAGGCCGCCGAGGCCACCUUUGAGGUCCCUCAGGCCGAGGACCGUGAGCAGGAAGAGAUUGAGGCUGAGAUUGAAAAGAGAGGCGAUAUCCUCAAGGCCGAUGAUGUUGAGCCCGGCUCGAUGACCCCUGAGGAACUCAACCGGAUGAUGAAGGAGUUUACUGAGAGCACCAACCCACCCCAGGCUGGACCCGGCGGCAAAAAGGUUGAGGUCAACGUCGACGAUAUCGUUGCCGAGGCUGAGCAGGAGCUCGAUAGCGACGAGCCUAAGGAGGCUGCCCACGACGAACUGUAA